AUGAACACGGCAUGGUACAACGAAACAGAUGGCCGUUGGAAUUCGACAACAGCGUGGUGGCUAAGCGGCAACGCACUGCAAGCAGUGUGCGACUACACUUUCGUAACAAAGGAUACACAGUACCUCUCGAAGAUGGAGCAUACGGUCCAGGAACAAUCCGGACCUUUGCCCUGGUGGCCGGAGGGCGGCGGCUAUUUCCGUGCGGACUCGACCGACGACACUGGGUGGUGGGCGUUGGCCAUGGUGCGUCUGUUCGACAUCACCGGGAACAGGACAUACCUCGAAUACGCAGAGACCGACGAGGCGUACAUCUACAGCUACUGGAACGCCAGCACCUGCGGCGGAGGGGUGAUUUGGGCCAUCCCAGAUCUGAGCUACAAGAAUGCAAUCAGCAACGAGCUGUACAUCAAGCUGGCCGCGUCCCUGCACAACCGCAUUCCUGGAGACACGAAGUACCUGGACCGAGCUGUCGAGGGAUGGAAUUGGUUCAACCACUCGGGGAUGAUCAACCCAGCGCAUCUCAUCAAUGACGGCCUGGCAGAACGGUCCAACGGCACAUGCGUGAACAACGGCGACACAACCUGGACGUACAACCAGGGCGUGAUACUUGGCGCCCUUUCGGAGCUCUACAUUGCCACCGGCGAGGAGCACUACCUGGAUGCCGCAGGCAGCAUCGCGGAUGCCACCAUCUCUAGCUCGGUCCUGUCCCCCGGAGGUAUCUUGAAAGAACCAUGUGAGACCACGGGUGGCUGCGACAACAACCAGCAGGCGUUCAAGGGCAUAUUCACUCGCAAUCUCGCGGAGCUGAAUGCACAGGUACAGGGUCGGCCGUAUGAUGAGUACCUCUCGGACAACGCCAAGUCUGCUUGGUCUUCGGACCGCAGCUUAAUGGAUCUGUACGGGCUUUCGUGGGAUGGGCCCUACACGCCCGCAAGCGUCGGCACGCAGUCUUCCGUAAUUAGUCUCUUUGUCGCGAACUUGUGGCAAUAA